AUGGCUGCACGCACAGCAGGAGGCAACUCUGCCUUCCACAACUUCCACAACGACUACGCUCACGUCGCCGACCCCAACGAGCGCCGCAGACUCGCGCUCGCUGAGAUCGACAAGGCACCAUUCGGUUGGUACCAUGUGCGCGCCUGUGCCGUCGCUGGUAUCGGUUUCUUCACGGACGCAUACGACAUCUUCGCUAUUGGUAUUGUGACGACUUGUCUGGGUAUCGUAUACUGGCAGCAAGAUGGCGGCAAGAUUCCAGUCUCGGCGGACACCGCUAUCAAGGUCGCAACAUCGGGUGGUACUGUUAUUGGACAGCUUGGCUUCGGUUUCCUCGCAGACGUUGUUGGUCGCAAGAGGAUGUACGGUCUCGAAUUGAUCGUCAUCAUCUUCGCAACCCUCGCUCAAGCUCUUACCUCGAACUCGGCUUCGAUGUCGCUUGUCGGUACCGUUAUCUUCUGGCGUGUACUGAUGGGCAUUGGUAUCGGUGGUGACUACCCACUAUCCUCCAUCAUUACCUCCGAGUUCGCGACCACCAAGUGGAGAGGUGCCAUGAUGGGCGCUGUCUUCGCCAUGCAGGGUCUCGGCCAGUUCGGUGCUGGUAUCGUCGCUCUCAUCGCCAUUGCUGGCUUCAAGGAAUCUCUCCUCAGCGCCCGCAGCGCAACCAAUUCGCAGGCUGCUUGCGACGGAGUCUGUCUGAUCGCCGUUGACAAGAUCUGGCGUAUCAUUAUCGGAAUGGGUGCUGUGCCCGGCUGCAUCGCCCUCUACUUCCGUCUCACCAUCCCAGAGACCCCACGAUACACCUUCGAUGUCUCCCGUGAUGUUGUCAAGGGUGGCUCCGACGUCAAGGCCUACCUCAGCGGAACCGCCGAAGGUGUUCCGGACGAGAUCACUCGUGUCACCACCAUGAAGGAGUCUGCUCCUCAUCUCGAGGUCCCAAAGCCAUCGUGGAGAGACUUCGGCAGCUACGUCGGUACUUGGAAGUACGGCAAGGUCCUCUUCGGAGCUGCUGCCUCCUGGUUCCUGCUCGACGUUGCUUUCUACGGUGUUGGUCUCAACAACUCUACCAUCCUCCAGGCUAUCGGCUACGGCAAGGGCACCAACGCCUACGAGUUCCUCUACAACAUUGCUGUUGGUAACAUCAUCUUGGUUUGCGCUGGUGCCAUUCCAGGUUACUGGGUGACCGUCGCACUCGUCGACACCGUCGGCCGUAAGCCAAUCCAGCUUAUAGGCUUCAUCAUCCUCACCAUCCUCUUCUGCAUCAUGGGUUUCGCCUACCACAAGAUUGGCACGAGCGGCCUCUUCGCCUGCUACGUCCUGGCCCAGUUCUUCUUCAAUUUCGGCCCCAACAGCACAACCUUCAUCGUGCCAGGAGAGUGCUUCCCAACUCGCUACCGCUCCACCUGCCACGGUAUCUCCGCUGCAUCCGGCAAGAUCGGCUCCAUCAUCGCCCAGGCUGCCAUUGCUCCUCUCCGCACCCGCGGUGCGACAUCCACCAACGCUUCCCCAUGGCUCAACCACGUUCUCGAGAUCUUUGCGCUCUUCAUGUUGUUGGGCUGCUUCACCACCCUCCUAAUUCCAGAGACAAAGCGCAAGACUCUUGAACAGCUCGCUGGCGAGGUUCCAGGCACACCAGAGUACGACCCCGUUCUUGCUGGCGACCGGGCCUCUCGCGCGCCAUCGGACCCAUCCAGUGAACAUAUCCCGGCUGAGAAGGGCGACCACAAUGUAUAA